CUUGGCCGAUACACCGUUAGGUUGGCUUGUACCAUAGAGUUAAUAUAACUAUUAACUCUAUGUAACGUGUCCUCUAGAGUCAGAGUCAGUAUAGUAACUGUAUAAUUAGAACAUCCCGUCGUGGGAGCACGACCUACUCAAAUCGUGGGAUGGAGCAUGGAGAUCAUCAUCGAAAUCAACACUCUAGAGAUAAUUUCCGGUCUCGAAACAUGAGCUCCGUACGCUCCAAAGUUAGCGUUCCGUUUUCACCAUGGUUUUCACUGAGUUACGAGGUUGUGUUGCCACCUCUGCCUACAGGAAGAGCAUUCAUAAACUCAGUGUUUCUGCACUGUGGCGUAGAACGAGUACCGUAUCGUACUGACGACUUCGCCAAAGAAUUCAAGAGUGUCGGCGUUCUCCAUGAGAUCCGCGAGCUGAAGGCCUGUGGACUGUUUCAGUACAGACACGUCUGGCUUGCUACUCUUAGUUCGCUGCAAAUGAAGCAAAGGUUGGUAGACACACGGGAACUAUAUAUCAAAGAAGAACCUUGCUUGGUAAUCGACCCUAACGAGACGAUAGUGAUCAGGCUUAACUGGGUCCCCGGUUGUGUGCCCAAUGAAGCGAUUUGCAGAUCGCUCGGAAGAUACGGGAUCGUGCAUGACAUUUCAGGCGGCAUGUGGUCUCAUGAAAAUUGCCUUAGUGUUCAGUCUACAAGUAGGUCUGUACGUAUGAUCCUACAUCCUGGCUGUACGGUGGACACUCUACCUCGCCGAAUCAGAGUUGGUUCCAGCGUAGCCCUCCUUGCAGUGCCCGGCCGAGCUCCUCUGCUCAAAUUAGCAGGACACAUCUGCCAGGAGCGCAAGGUUCCCCGUUGCGAAGUAUGUGGAAAAUGCGGGCACGCAACAGAAGACUGUGUUAAAACGUACGCAGCUAUCACGAACACCUACGCUGUCGCCGAAGAUAGUCCGAUCGAGGAUGACCAUUCGCCGUAUGCGACGCAAGCUCAGCCCAUAGAAACGAAAGGUGAAGUGACUUCUGAGCCUCCCAAAAAGAAACAGAUGCUACUUUCUAGUGCUGGACAGGAAGGAGCGCUCGGAGGAGACGGCGGCGUUCAAGCCUCAAUAACAAUUUCCUUACCAGAGUCAUCGGAAGAGGAGGAUUCUUUCAGGCAAUCUCAUCAGCAAGCCAGAAACCUUGUACCAAACAUAAGGGAUCAGACUCACAUCCUAGGAAAGCGACUUCGUGAAUGCAGUAUCCGAGAUCCUGAAGAAAGAUCCGAAGAGACAAGAAGGCGUUGGUAUCAAGCAUUGGUGCUGUAUCUCCAUAAUCUGUGGCCUGAAGAGCAACACACAUAAUCUUUAUGUGCAGCUUGGCAGCAGCAUCAAGGUUUUGUACAAAAUAAAUUUAUGCUAUUUUCCUGUAAUUAUUCUUUGGUUAUGCACAUGAACUUGAUUCAAAUCAUUAUUUUCUUGCUCUGGAGUUUAACCAUAACUGGACCGUUUUAGUUAAACAUUAUGGUUAGUAUACAGCCAAGAGGAAAACUUGCGCCUUGUCUAGAGACAAGGAUUGCCGUGAAUCAGACUGAUAACUCUUGCUGUUGGAGCCAUGGCUACCCGAAAGAUCGCCACGUGCCCAUCUCACUUCAGGAGGUGCCACAGAUGCAAGAAGUGUUAGCACAAAUGCCGGAGAAACACCCUCAUUUAGAUGCCCCAUGUUGCCCUGAAACACAUGUUACAGGCUCAACUUGACCGCAAGCACCUCGAUGGCAUCGCAUGUGUGAAUACACUGGGCUUCGCGUUGCUACAUUUAAUUUUUCUUCUUUUUUUGUGGAAUUGGAGAGAGGCUAAGCAGCUUGAACAUGUUCAGUUGAUGCAUUACUGAAUGAAAAUUGUACCAAUUUAUUUCUAUUUACGCACCAAGUGAACCAACCAAACAAAAGAAAAUCUUUUCGAGACUCCAACAGUACCUAGACUUGUGAAUAAGAAUAACUUAAGCAGGAUACUUUAGCUGCGUUCUAAAUUAAAAAGAUUGCUCAUUGACUUUGGGACAAGAUUGCAGCAAAGUUGAACCGAGAAAGUUGCUUCCUGUGAUCUCAUCAAUGUCGUCGAUUUUGCUUGCUCCCCUUCUCCUGGUUACACACUAGACAGAGUAUGUGUCCAGCAAUCUCGAAGAUGAAAAGGCAGCAUACGACAUCAUCCCUGUUGCCUUUUCAGAUCACAGUUUUGUUACAACCAAAAUUGGUUGUAAGAAGCCAAAUCGUGCAUCAGAUACCAGGAAGAAAUGGAAGCUGUAUGACAGCAUACUAGGCGAAGGCUUUGCUCUAGAAUUUCAUGGUGAAAUUGAAAAUGUCGGAAAGAGCGGAGCAAUCUCUGCAGUGAAAUGGGAAACUUCAAACAGACUUUUAGUUACUGCUUCAAUGCCACAGGCAAAAUAAAGCUACAGAAAGAACGAACAAGCAAAGAAAUCUCAUGAAAUGCCUACGCCAGCUGAUCAUUGAGGAGUGUAUUGUAUGUGCCUGGUUCUCUUUGCAGGUGAAAUAAAAAACUGCAAAGGAUGCUUGUCUAUACUCGUGGAAGGAAAAUACCGUGGAGCUUUGGUAUGAAGCAGAAUACCGGCACUAGAAAGAGAGAAAGAACCAUGUGAAACAAAAGUAUAUGUGCAAGCUAAGCAUACCUUGAUCUCAGUUUACUGCAAGGACGAAACAACUGUGACUUAUCAGCGUAAAAUUGAAAACAGCCUGCUGGAAGGGUUUAAAGGGUUCUGUAAUUAAAAAUCAAUUGUUAACGAAACACCGCUAAAGCAAAUGUGUACUAAUGUGCCAAAAGUCCCUGCAGGUGCCCGUAAAAUGAUCACUAGACAAAUUGGUAUGGACAGAAUUGGAUCAACAGGAAAUGUAGCAUGAAGUGUUUCGGGACGUGCCUAGAAGAGGGCUGCUGCCUUCCUCCAUGUGGCCAGCUUUGACAGUGGGAAUACCAAAAAAAUGCAAGCGACAGAAUCCAUGUUUGACAUGCUCAACCUAUAAGCCUGCUCACCACAGAUUACAAAAUUUUCGCCAAGAUGCUGGUCACAGAAGAUUGGAACUUGCACUUAAUUAUGUAGUAGGACAGCGUCGCUUGUAUGUCUGAAAAAGAGAUCUGUCGUCGGGUUCGACUUUAAAUGAUGCAGUGAAGCAGCUGAGAUGACAGAACAUGCACUGGCAGUCGUGCAGGUAGAUCGUAGCCGAGCGUUUGAACCGUGUUUCCCAUUAAUUUUUUUUUUUUUCUCGCUUUUAGAAUAUGUUAGCAUUGAACACCGCAUCACCAAGCGGAUAAGAAUCUGUUCUAAUGAUACUAACACGCAAUUAUUAUUUCAUGGCCCAGUCAGUGCAGCUGUUCCGGUGUGCUCUUCAGUCCUACAGCAAAGUCCCCAUGUUCCUGGUGCUGUACGCACUUCUGGGACCAGUGCUUAGGCUUAUUCUAAACGACACCACCAUAUGAGGAAUACCAAUUGCAGGGACAAAGAUAAUGGCAUUGGCUUAUGCUGAUGAUGUUACUGUAAUCUGCUCAUCAGCUGCUGAAAUCCACAAAGUUAUAAGCCAGCUGCAGGUUUUCUGUGAUGUGUCUGGGGCAAGUGCCAAUUUUUCCAAAUCUUAUUGGGCCUGGCUUGAAGCAUCGUCACACACACUUCGGAAGUGUUUCUUGGAAUACUGUGGGCCGGUGUCAAUUGAUAAGCACUUAGUAGUGUCACUUUGGAAAUUUCACUUCGCUACAGGUCAAGAUGGAGUUACGUUAAGUAAUCUCUGAGCCAAAUAUUGCCCAUGGCAUAGCAGGAGUUUGUAUUUCUAGUCGUAAAUAGGAGUUUCGUUUGCAACGCAGUGUUCUUUCCCAGCGUAUGGUAUGCAGUGCGAGUAGUCCCAUGCAUGGCAAGACGUUGCGAAGGUAAACAGGGUUGUUGCCAUAUUCCUUGAGGCUCCUGUUUUGAGAAAAUGAGGUGCACUAACUUGUUUCUUAGUCCUGCUAAAUGCGGUGCUGGACCUGUGGAGGUUUUCGUUUUUCCUUGAUCAGCAAAACCAAUUUGUAAGGGUGUGCGAAUAAAGAAUUGAAUAGCGUCCUAUUCUAUUCUGUCUUCGAAUCGAAGAGUCAAAUAUCUUUCAAAUACUUCAAGAUGUCCACUGCACCCAAUAAACAUAAAUUUGAAGCAAAAGUACUGUAAGUUUUCACGCUAUAGUACAGACAUAAAACAUGAGAACUUGCAUAGUGGAGAAGGCCACGUCGCUUAAGUAGCCAUACUUUACAGGCUAUACAGCGAUCACUCACACUCUGAAGAUUCCUGUGCCUGCGAAGAAACUACUUCUUACUCCUAAUGCUCCAUCUGUGCUUUUAAUUAACAAUACUUCAUAGCAUACUAUGUAAUGACAGAUGACAGAAACUUGCUAACUUUAAGAAUACUAGGAUGUGAACAUCAUUUUAUAUUGUAAUAACGGCUGUUCAGUAUACGAAAAGUAUUCAAUAUUUUAUUGGCUUCUGGCACUAUUCAAUUUGUAUUUGAAUCGGUCUCAAAAAUCACUAUUCGCACACCCCCUACCCAUUUGUUAUAGAAUCUCUUUCGCGCAUGGGAAGACUUGUCUGCCCCUGACGAGAAUAGCCCCUCGCAGUAAAUUCCGAUUUUAGAAGGAACUAGCAGAGGUGCUUCAAUUUGUUCGCGAUAAGUUCUCUUGGGAAUACCUAAGCAAGGUAAAAUGGAAGCAGCUCCAUUGGUAUACUGUGGAUAUGCUAUACCCCCACCCCUGUAUCACAUCAGGGCGUUUAUAUGAAUGCGGCAGAAUUUGGUCGAGUCGACUUCUACGUCGCUGGAACCGGCCCGGCGACAGAGGCCGGCGUCGGUUGUCUCUCUCCAACCCGCGCCGUGGUCACCGUCGUAUGGCCACUUCGGGACUCCGAUGCCAGCCGCGUUGCUCGCUGAUACAUAUCGGAGGUGCGUAAAGAAUGGCUUCGCUUCAGAAAUUCUUGCCAAGUCGAGCUCGGAAGUGUCGAGUCGGACUGAGUGCAUGGGGUAGGUUGACCCGGCCCGACUCGUUUGCACCGUGCAUGUAACUCGGACGGGUCGGCCCAGCCAGCGCCGAGACUUGCGCGGUACUACUGAGACGUCGCGAUUUAUGCGCCAGGAGCGGGAUUGAUAUGACAAGCACUGUGCAGUGCAACCCCGAAUCAUGAAAAAAUCAAGCGUUACGCGAUUGUAAAACGUUGGGGCGAAAGCCUGAUUGUACUCCUGGCACACUUUUUGUCACGAUUAAGAUACGUUUAUUAAGAAUUGUGGCAAGUGUGUGCCAAGUGUGCAAUCACGCUUUCGCCUUCACGCUUUACGAACGUCUAACACUUUUUUUUUCUUUUUUUUUUUGUACCGUCUCCGUCGAAGGUUCGUCCAUCGGAGCGCGCGGCAGAACACUGAAAUCGCUGCACCUACCGCCGGUAGUCGGCAAGUGCCGUGAGCGCCUUCGCAAAGGGAGGGGCAGUAGGGGAACGCUGGCAUGAUAAGCGGCAUCGGAGCCAGCUGUGAAAGAAGACGACGAACGCGCGAGCAGUGACACGUGCGUCUCUGUGACGUGUGCAAUCACGCACGCACUAGGCUCACCUUUAGUAAGCUAGAACCGCGGGGUAGUCGUGGCUUCAGGGAAGCCGGCUCGUCUCGCGCCUCGGAGGCCCGGGUUCGAAUCCCACCCAGACUCAAAUGUACCGAAUUUGCGUUUCAAAGCCACGAAGUUACUUUGUUUACAGAACGCUCCCUGAGAAAUGUGACGUCAAUCGAUCCUAGUGUUACGUGUUUCUUUUUUUUUUUUAACUCUUUGCGACGUCGGCCAUUUUUCGUUACGGCGCUGGUUCGCCAAGGUCGCUGCCAACAUAGACACCUAAGGCUUUCGCCUUAAUAGAGAUGUUGCAGAUGGCUACGGGAACCGGAAGCCUAGUUCCAACGCGUUGAUGUCUCGGCUGGACGCUGGGUGCCGUCGUUGCCCGGACUAUCUGAGAAGCGAGUUCAAACGCGGUCAUGUCAGGCUCGGUCAGCCCGAUUUCUGACUCGAACCGCUCGUGUCGGGUUCCUGUAAACGUAGCCAAUGUGGACAACGCUGGCGUUGCUUCAGGCGUUUUCAAGCGCUUGCGUAGAUGCUCCAUUUCGACCCACAUUAAAAUUUAUUUUUCAUGUUUCAUGCAGAAGUUCUCUCUGUUUAGCCAUGUACCGUGGUGAGUGCAUUAUUGUGGUCUGUGCCCUGUAUCGGAAAAGCUACAACAUGUGUUCUUUGACUGUACUAGUGCUUGCUUGUUCUUGUCCAGUGUGCGCGCGGUCCUGAGAAAUUGGUUUGUUGACACGCGUUCUCGUUUAUCUUUAGCCUGCAUGUGAUUGUAUUUCACCGGCUAACAAAUGUUAAAUGUUAUCGCGCCGCGCAAGACGCGCCUUUCCUGUAUCGGAACUUUAUUGAACGUUGUAGCCGAUUGUAUCUGUUGUCAAUGUUGUCGCCGAACCUUGUGUGAGAUUGCAUGUACAAUGCGAAUAGUGCUUGUAGUACAUUCUAGAACGCACGCGAGUACCAGUGGUUACGCUGGAAUGUAUACGACGAGUCACGGUGGUUUAAUUAGCGGCUGUGGUGUCGCGCUGCUAAGCACGAGGUCGCGGGAUCAAGUCCCGGCUGCGGCGGCCGCAUCGACGACUGUGCUCGCCGCUAUCGUUGUGCUUUCCAGUGUCACAUGUGUUUCUUUAGUACAAGUUCGCCCAAUAAACAGUUCGUCUACGUUACCCGCAGUUUUGUUGCUGAUUCUUCACCGUUAGUACAAUGUGACAUUAUACCCUGAGUGGAUAACGGCUAAAUUUUUAAAUUGUGGCAAUGAUUCCGAAAGUCGCUGCCGGGAAGUAAUAAUUAUGUUAGGCCGUCAUGUUCUAUUGAGGGCUAGGUCGGAUUGUGUCAUGGCUAAUCCGGUUGCGAAGGCCGCGCAUAGAAGAGAGUUUAACUUUCACCCGCACAGGAUCAGUAAUCGAAGCGACCAAGCAAAAUCUUAUGGCAGGAUGACCUGCUUUCUAGAGUAGAUUGCUUAUAUGCACCAAGGAGUCAAGGACCAGGUGAAUGCACAUCGCACAUUAUAGACCAAGAUCCGGGAAGCUACGUAAUCCUUUUUAUGGUCUGGCAUU